AUGAUGGCGGCGGUCGGUGCAUCAGAAGUGAUCGCCCAACUGGAGAGCGCUGCCAAAGUUCUCAUGGCUCCUCCCUCCAUGGUGAACUCUGAGCAGCGGCAGCAGGCUGAGCACGUGUUUCUGGCCUUCAGGAAGUCCAAGUCCCCCUUCGGCGUGUGCAAGCAGAUCCUAGAGAGCAGUAAGGUGGACUACGUGCUGUUCCAGGCAGCGACAGCCGUCAUGGAGGCGGUGGUGCGAGAGUGGAUCCUGCUGGAGAAGAGCAACAUCGAGUCUCUGCGCACUUUCCUCCUCACAUACGUCCUGCAGAGGCCCAAGUAA